GAAUCGCAUGUAAGGAAGGAGUAGAAGAGCUGUGAAGCUAAUGGCAGCAGUUAUUGUUAUUUUUCUGAAAAUUAUACACAAUCAACGUUGCACACUCUCCGAAGAUUAUAUAUGUCAAAACCCAACGCUGAAACCCACUUCUUUCUCUGUUUCUCGUUCUCCUUCCCGAGUUGUUUUUUGUUUUUCUUGUUUCUCUUUCUGAAAAUGGAGACACCCAUCAUCAGCACCUCCACCACCGCGGUUAUUACCUGAGAUGGAGCAGGAUGACAUUAGACCUCUCAAGAUUCUCAGCAAAGGCGCCAUGGGUACUGUGUUUCUUCGUCACCAUACCGUGUCUAACCCAGAUGCCCGCUCCCCUUUUGCUCUCAAGGUCGUCGUCAAGACUAUCUCACAUUCGAAGCUUGACGCUGACCGUCGUGUCCGGCGGGAAAUCCGUGUAUAUGAAUAAUUAAGUCAACGUAAUUCUGAGAUUUUUAAGGUAAAAUUUAGUAAAAAUUACAAAAUUUAGUCUGACAUAUGUAUAUCUACCACGUUUACCAAACUGAUUUGGUUGUUGGAUACCUGCUUUUCAGAUCUAUGGAUUUAUGAGCAAGCAGACCUAAUAGUCAAAAGACUCGGAAAUUUAUAGAUUUAUUGAACGAUAAAAAUUAGAUUUUUCCAUUAAUUUUAGAUGUAAUUCAAUUAUAUCACCGUUUACUUGAUGGUAACAUUAUUAUGUAGCAGAAAUCUAAUGUUCUUGAGCUGACUGUUAGGCUUGCUGCUGUUAGAUAGCUACCUUACUAACAUAUCACACAUAUAUACUUACUAUAUAUAUGUAUAUUACAUAUACCAUAAAGAUAUACGGGCAUUGUUCAGAAAAGGAAAAUGGGUUCCCCCUUCACUAGAUUACUUACCAUUCUUCUCUUUACCUUUGCUUCACUAAUAUGCAUCUCCUUCAGUCAACUCCCGACUGAAUACUCCAUAGUUGGACAUAACCUGGAUGUGUUACUCUCAGAAGAAAGAGUUAGAGAAGUGUUUGAACAAUGGAAAUUGAAGCACAAAAAGAUUUACACGCAGGCGGAUGAAGCGAUCAAGCGAUACGAGAACUUUAAGAGCAACUUGGAGUACAUAGUUGAAAAGAAUUCCAAGAAAAAAUUGGGGAAUAAUGGGCAUUUUGUGGGAUUAAACAAGUUUGCUGAUAUGAGCAAUGAGGAAUUUAGAAAGUUUUAUUUGUCAAAAGUCAAGAAACCAAUUGUAAAGAAUGUGAUCAGGACAGGUAUUGAUCAGUCUUGUGAGGCACCAUCAAGCUUGGAUUGGAGAAAAAGAGGAGUUGUAACUGGUGUCAAGGAUCAAGGAUCUUGUGGAAGUUGUUGGGCAUUUUCUUCAACUGGAGCAAUUGAAGGGAUUAACGCCAUAGUCACUGAAGACCUAAUUAGCCUUUCAGAGCAAGAGCUUGUGGACUGUGAUACUACUAGUGAUGGAUGUGAUGGAGGUUACAUGGAUUAUGCUUUUGAAUGGGUUAUAAACAAUGGUGGGAUUGACACUGAAACUGAUUAUCCCUAUACUGGCAUUGGUGGCACCUGCAAUAUCACCAAGGGGAAGACCAUGGCUGUAAGUAUAGACGGCUACAAGGAUGUACAUCAAUCAGACAGUGCUCUCUUGUGUGCAGUUGUUCAGCAGCCUAUAAGUGUUGGCAUUGAUGCUUCUACAAUGGAUUUUCAGCUGUAUACCGGUGGAAUCUAUAAUGGUGAGUGUUCGGAUAAACCAGACGAUAUUGAUCAUGCUGUUUUGAUUGUUGGGUAUGGAUCAGAAGAUGGAGAAGAUUACUGGAUAGUGAAGAAUUCAUGGGGAACAAGCUGGGGAAUGGAGGGAUAUAUUUACAUCAGAAGGAAUACUGAUUUAGAAUAUGGUGUUUGUGGUAUAAAUGCCAUGGCAUCUUACCCAACAAAACAAUCAUAUUCUCCAUCUCCUCACCCAUCACCUCCUCUUUCUCCUCCUCCACCGCCACCUCCUCCUCCUUCGCCUAUUGAAUGUGGUGACUUCUCAUAUUGUUCGAGCUCUGAGACAUGCUGCUGCCUUUUUGAAUUAUUAGAUUAUUGCUUGCUGUAUGGCUGCUGCCCCUACCAGAAUGCCACAUGCUGCACCUCAAGUUGGUACUGCUGCCCAAGUGAUUACCCAAUUUGUUAUGUUGAACAAGGGCUCUGCCUCAAGGAUGAAGGAGAUUUUGUGGGAAUAACGGCAAGUAAGCGAAAAGUGGCUAAACACAAGCUUCAGUGGGCUAAAAUGGAGGAAACAGAGAAGGUAUAUCAAAGUCUGCAAUGGAGAAGAAACCCGUUUGCUGCAUCAAGCUGAGGAA